AUGACAGCGAGCGCAGAAUCGUACUUCAGUUCGGACAGCCUGAAAGAAGCUGAACAGGUGCCUCCUGACGCACCUGAACAAACGCCUGACUAUCUCGCAAUGUUGACGCAUCCCAAUACUCCUCCCCAUCGAUUGAACCUCAAGAUCGGCGCCGUAUGCGCUAUUCAACGGAAUCUAUCAGUCGAGAAAGGAUUGGUAGUACGGAACGCGCGUGUCUGCAUCGCCGGUCUUCGUCGCCAGUUCAUAGAAGUGCAGAUUCCCGAGACGGAGGAAAGACACUGUCUCCCUCGGAUUUCUUUCACGUUCAAUCCGCCGGGUUCGAGCUGGACGGUCAAUCGAAAGCAGUUUCCAUUGCGUGCGGCUUACCCUACGACGUUCAACGGAAGCCAAGGGCUAACCUCACAGAAGGCGGUUCUCGACUUGCGCACCGAUUCCUUCGCACACGGAUAA